AUGACGGAAGCAACUCGCGAGGCGGAAGAAGGCGGUGGUCAAGACGAAUCUGCUAUAUCAAAUGCGGACGAUAGUCAACCCUUCUUUUCACAGCCCGAGUCACAUACACCGGCUUCUCCGACACAGGUUCAUGGCCCUGCACCAAAGCCAUCUGAGCCCAUGGAAAGCACGCCCCGCCGUACGUCCUCAUCUGUCUUUGUUGAUGCACUCGAGCGUCCUCUUUCUUCUGAUGCUUCGGCUCAGACACAACGAAGUACCUCGGGGCCUUUCGCGAAGCUGUCUGAGCUGCGUCCUUCGGCACUACGUCGCACGGUGUCUCGGCCAGAAGCUACGAACCUCAUGGAUCAAGCGUCUAACAGAAGUGCUCGAGCGUCAUCUUCGAAAACGAGUGAUGGGGCCAAUGGUGCAUCCUCUGCAGACAUCACGGCAGGCACACAAACACCCGAACAACCUUGGAACUCUAACCCUGCUAGUGAGUCUGGAUCUGACACGGAAUCCGACACGAGCACGUCGGACUCGAGCUCCGACUCUGAUGAUGAUGCCGCAUCGCGCCCGACACUUCCUGCCUCCAAGAUGGCUGGUGCUAAUGUAACUGCUUCAGAAGACAACGCUUCCAGUGCCAAGCGUAAGCGCACAUUUUUUUCGGCACUUAGUGAAUAG